AUGGCUCUUUCCACUCCUCACCUUGUUCCACUCUCUCAUUUCUUCAAUCCUCUCGUCCCUUUCUUGUUAUUCUUUCUCAUAGUGAGCUCGUCCUCUUGCUCCAACCCUAAAAAAUUUCUUAAUUCAUCAUCAUACACUUUUGAUUCUGAUUGGUCUCCGGCAGAUGCUACAUGGUACGGAGGCCCCAACGGCGACGGAAGUGAAGGCGGUGCUUGUGGCUAUGGUGGUGCUGUAGGGCAAGCUCCAUUUUAUUCGAUGAUAUCAGCUGGAGGUCACCUAUAUAAGUCAGGCAAAGGCUGUGGAGCUUGCUAUGAGGUGAAGUGCUCAUCGAAUCCGGCUUGUUCAGGUAAUCCAGUGACCGUUGUGAUCACUGAUGAGUGUCCAGGGUGUGGUUCAUCUGAGAGAUUUCACUUUGACUUGAGUGGUACUGCUUUUAGUGCCAUGGCUGUUUCUGGUCAAGCUGAUCAGCUACGCAAUGCUGGCAAGUUGGACAUUCAAUAUAGAAGUGUAAGGUGUAACUUCCCGGGGACAUCCAUAGCUUUCAAAGUGGACUCAGGAUCGAACCCAUAUUAUUUUGCUGUUGUGAUAGAAUAUGAGAAUGGUAAUGGACUUGCCAAUGUUGAGAUCAAGGAUGCUCAGAGCUCAGCAUCAUGGCGUCCCAUGCAACAAUCCUGGGGUGCAAUUUGGAAGCUUGACUCUGGCUCACCUCUUCAGGCACCAUUCUCUGUCCGCCUAACUUCUCCGGAGUCGCCGGAGUCUCAGAACACUGUUGAAGCAAGCAAUGUGAUCCCAGCCGGGUGGAGUCCGGGUCAGACUUACCGUUCUGUGGUGAAUUUUGAUUAAGUUAGUUCAUUGUACGAUGAACUUAAAGCUAGCUACUUUAUACAU